CUGCAACAGAGUUUGGUGGUGUUAUCACUGACAGGAAUGUAAGAGCCGAUCAUUCAAGUGAAUGAGUUUAUCUGUUGGAUACGAGUCUCCAGAUAAUCAUGAAAUAUUUCCUCUCAACGCUCAUCCUGACAUGGACAACUUUCCAGUUUGCUCGAUCUGAUUGGGUAGAAAAGAGUUUCAGACGCUACCAGCUGCAGCCUGAUGGAUGUCAGGACUUAGUUGAACCGAGUGAACUUGCAUGCGCCUUGAGAUGCUCAGCAACCACAGAUUGUGUGGCGUUUUCUUAUGACAGCAUGGCCCAGUUGUGUAGUAAAUGUUUCCAAAGUCAAGUCACCUCAGUCAGUGUCAACAAGAAAAUGUUCUGGUUGAGAAAUUCCUCGCUGUUUGACGUCAUGCCGCAUUCAUAUGUCACCGGAGAUCACAAAAUACUGAUUAAGAUGUACGGAAUUUUGCUUCCAACCAACGACACUAAAUGGUUUCAUGCGCAGUUAGAAGGUACAAUGGAAGGGCAGGUGGUCUUGCUGUUCAAGCUCUUGUUUGAAAACUCUAGAGACAUUCAGAUAAAAGCAAAAACUACUCAGGACUGGGUCGGCACCAAACCCUGCUGCUCCUCACCUGUCAUCUCUGAAGCAGGGACUGUGCUAGAUAUCGCUAUACUACACACCAGCCUAUUGUAUUUGAUCUAUGUCAACAGUGUCUACUGCUGCAAUUUCACUAAUUAUAUUCCCUAUGAUUACGCGAAUUCAUUUCAUGUCCACGGUUCUAUUGCCUUGUAUGAGAUCAGUUUUUAGAUUUUUCAUAUGCAAACUAUUUAUAAAGCUUACUUCAAAAAA